AUGCCCGCCGUCCGCACUGCGAAGAAUCGCAAGCCGCCGCCAGAUGGUUUCGAAGAUAUCGAGGACACUCUGCUCGAGYUUUCCAACAAGAUGAAGGAUGCUGAAAAUGCCAGCCACGAAGGCCGGAAGAAGCACGAAAUGCUCUGGCCUGUCUUUCAGAUCACUCACCAGCGAUCGAAAUACAUCUACGAUAUGUACUACGAGAAGGAAGCCAUCAGUAAGCAGCUCUAUGAUUGGCUGCUGAAGAAUGGGUACGCAGAUGGGAAUUUGAUCGCCAAGUGGAAGAAGCAAGGCUACGAGAAGCUUUGCUGUCUUCGAUGUAUUCAGACCAAGGAGACGAACUUCAACAGCACGUGUGUCUGUCGAGUUCCAAAGGAGCAACUAAAGGACGAUCAGGAGAUUCAAUGCGUGAGCUGUGGCUGCCGCGGCUGCUCAAGCAGCGACUAA